AUACGUAUGUAUGAAUCACGUGGCUGAUGCCGAUGCUGCCAGUGGAUGACACUUGUCCUUUGUGUGCGUAUUUAGUAGUUUAACUCUGAGAAAUGGAUGUGUACAUGUUUCGUUGACACGAUAAUUUUGAUGGCCUUGUCUGUGGAAUUUCUGUAAGACGUGAUAGAAUUGAUGUUUGAAAAGAUGACUAACACAGACACCCCAUCAAAUGUUAAUGCUAUAAUAAACGGUGCCAUCGAAAUCGAAGACAGCUUUCAGAGUUACACGAACGAAGACACAGAACAACUCCUGAGGCCAAGAAAUAAUUUUGCGUCAUAUACAAAUGAUGACGUCCAUGUUAGAUUUAGGAACACUAUCUCCGACCAUGGCAGUCUAUCCACGCAAAAUAUUAUGGAGACGAUCGCACGGAAUCCAAGGAGGCAAAUUUCAGGUGAAAUCACCCCUGGAGCGACAAAUUUUUUAUCUACCAAUUAUGAGAGUUUAGAUUAUGAUCCAUGCGAGAACCAACUUUUAAAAGAUGAAGAAAGGAAGAAAGGGUAUAAGUUUGUAGUUAAAAAGAAUUUUGCCAGAUGGUUCAUUUUUUUACUGAUAGGCAUCUGCACAGCCCUUAUAGCCUCUUUCGUAGAUAUAUCUAUAGAAGAAUUAACGCAUUUGAAAUAUGGCUGUCUUAAGACUUAUAUGGAUCAGUGUGUAGUAGAAAAUUGUUUAUGGUUACCGUACCUAUUGUGGUUGACUUUAAAUUUAGUACCAGUGUUAAUAGGUGCCCUUUUGGUGUCCUAUAUAGAACCAGUGGCCGCAGGCAGUGGUAUUCCACAGGUAAAAUGUUAUUUAAAUGGAAUUAAAGUACCACGAGUUGUACGUAUUAAAACAUUGGCUGUAAAGAUCAUUGGAGUAAUCUGUACAGUUGUAGGAGGUUUGGCUGGUGGAAAGGAGGGACCUAUGAUACAUUCUGGCGCUGUUGUAGCAGCAGGAAUAUCUCAAGGAAAAAGUACUACGUUCAAAAAGGAUUUCAAGAUAUUUCAAUAUUUUCGAGAAGACCAUGAAAAACGAGACUUUGUGUCAGGAGGUGCAGCAUCCGGCGUGUCUGCAGCAUUCGGAGCACCAAUUGGGGGAGUAUUGUUUAGCAUCGAAGAAGGGACUAGUUUUUUUAAUCAAAGCCUCACAUGGAGAACGUUUUUUGCUAGUAUGAUUACAACAUUCACCUUAAAUAUUGUGCUGAGUACAUAUCAUGGACGGCCUGGUGAUCUUUCUUAUCCCGGUUUACUAAACCUUGGGAAAUUCGAAACAAUACCUUAUAAAAUUUACGAAAUUCCUCUGUUUAUGAUCAUGGGAACAAUAGGUGGAAUGCUGGGCGCUUUGUGGAACCACAUAAACUAUAAAAUUACUUGUUUCCGUCUGAGAUACAUAAACAGAAAAUCGUUAAAAGUAGUAGAAGCGCUUUUAAUCGGUGUUCUGAGCGCAACAAUGGGAUUUGUAAUGAUUUAUUUUCUAAACGAUUGUAAACCAUUGGGUCAAGAUCCUACUAAAUUUCCUAUUCAAAUGUUUUGCCGUGAAGGCGAAUAUAAUGCGGUUGCAGCUUUAUGGUUUCAAACACCGGAAAGUAGCGUGCGAUCGUUAUUCCAUGAUCCCAAAGGUUCCCACAAUGAUAUAACACUAGCGAUUUUUAUUAUACUUUACUUCAUCCUGGCCGUAUUUACUUUUGGUCUCUCUAUGUCCAGUGGACUAUUCAUCCCAUCCCUCCUUAUAGGCUCUGCAUGGGGUAGAUUAAUUGGAUCAGGUCUUUCGAAGCUUUUUCCUAACAGUGUUGCGUUAAUUCCUGGAAAAUAUGCUUUAUUAGGAGCAGCUGCACAGUUAGGUGGAGUAGUCAGAAUGACGAUCAGUUUAACUGCUAUACUUAUAGAGGCCACUCAAGGAAUAUCGUUUGGUUUACCCGUUAUAAUAGUUCUAAUCAUGGCUAAAUGGGUCGGAGACUUUUUCAAUGAGGGAAUCUAUGAGAUUCAUACACAAAUGGCUGGAGUACCUAUUUUGCCAUGGGAAGCUCCGCCCUUGUCAAACAAUAUAUAUGCUAGCGAAAUAAUGAGCCACCCUGUAGUAACACUGAAAACUGUAGAGAACGUCGGGCAUAUAGUCGAAUUACUUAAAUGUGUAACAUUUAAUGGAUUUCCUGUAGUCGAUCCUCCUAGCAGCGAUGAGACUGAAAUACGUUCCUAUGGACGAUUUCGAGGUCUAAUUUUACGUUCUCAGUUGAUAGUAUUAUUGAAGCAUAAAGUUUUUAAUGAAGAUUCAGAGUAUUUGAAGAAAUAUUAUAACAUUAAAUUAUUCAGAAAAGAAUAUCCUAGAUACCCGACAAUCGAAAAAAUUUCUAUAACUGACGAAGAAAAAACUUACACAAUAGACCUGAGACCUUUUAUAAAUCCUGCCCCUUACACGCUACAACAUUCUGCAACAUUACCACGAGCAUUUAGACUUUUCAGAGCUUUAGGUCUUCGUCAUUUACCGGUCAUAAAUGAUACAAACGAGGUAGUUGGAAUUGUUACACGAAAAGAUGUUGCUAGAUUCAGGAUAUGGAAACAUAGAGGAAGAAUGGGAUUAGAUGAACUUUUAAUAACGAACAAACUUUAAUUAAAAUUUUUUUACAAACAUAAUUUACUAUUUAAUUUCUAAAAAAAUAUUUAUUUAUAUAUUAUAUACAAAGUAUAUAUAUAUAUAUGUUAUGCUUUUGUAUAAAGUCAAAAGAGAUUUUUAAACCGAAAAGAAGCUCAAAAUAUAUCAAAGAAAAUUCAUUUUGAAGUAUUUAAAGUAAGGAAAAAAGAAAAAACAAAGAUCGCAGACAAAGAAUUUAGUAUUAAUUAUUUACAAAUAAUUGCCAACCCAACCAUGACCAUAGUUUGAAGAAAAGGUAUAUAGGAAGAAGCACUAACACUAACAGAAAAUAAUAUUCAUACAAUGAUAUAUACAUGUUUAUCUAUUUAAUUUUCAGAACUGGUACCCUCUGUCUUAAACACCUCUAGUAUAGGGUGCAAAAAAAUAAUGCAACACUUUUACGUACAACCUGGAACAUGAAAGAAUAUUUUAUUGUAAACUACGUGAUACAUUUAUCGAUACCUGUUUCUUAUGUAUGCAUUUAUUAAGAAAAUAAAAAGAAAUUUUAUCAAUA